AUGUCACCACAGAUAGUUGUUUCUAUAGAUCAAGAAAUCAAUUCAACACACACUGCGAUAGCAAACAGCAAUCCAGAUUCACCGAAUUCGACAAUAUUCACAUCAAAACCUUCGGCAGCUCGAAGAACAGGGUCUUUUAUGGAACCUUUUCUUGCUUCUUCUUCUGUUCAGCAGCACACUCCAAUCACUCUAUUUAAACAAGACAAGAAAUGGCGCUGGUGGAACUUUUUAUCUAUCUUUAUUACACUGUUGAUCAUUGGAGAAAUUGCUGUUCUCUCUACCAGUUACAAUACAUUAAACCAAGAAUCUACUUCUAUUCGAUUUGUAAAAAGACAAUACCCUUUCAAGACAUACACACAUUUAGAUACAAGCAUGUCAACUCAAAUUGAAAAAGGUACUCGAGUAUAUCAUGUUACAAAAGAAUUCGGACCUGCUGCCAUCUCAGAACUUGGUAAAACUGUCACAGCAUUGGCAGCAGCUCAACAGGCUUCUAACCUUACCGAGGUCGCCAUUGUCAUGCCCUUUUAUUCAUUCAUGAAAAGAACAGUUCGAGGUAGGGAAAUUGAUAUGGUGAUGGACAUUCGUGGCAAAAAACCAGGUCAAAUAAUGACAGUUGAAUUUCGAGUUUGGAAAACACUCUAUGCUUUCAAUCCGCCUGUGCAAGCACCAAGUGUCUAUGAAUGGAAAAUGAUCAACAAUGUCAAUACAUCAGUACUUCUCACUCCUCAGCGUCCUCCAGCUCCCACAGAUGCUGUUCCUGUUUAUAUGAUCAGUCACGCCAACCGAAAGCCUUUUAAUCAAGCUUUUGAGUGCCGCACGCCUAAUGAUAUCAAUGUAGAAAAUGAGCUGCCUAAUGAAUGGAGAGACCAGUACUUUGCCAAGGCAGCUGCUGCAUUUUUGGCUCAUAAGGCCACUGCCUCUGAUGAAGAGUCGAUAUUUGCUCCUAUUCGUAUUGUUCCGCGUGUUGAUAUUGUUCACAUCCAUGGUGCUUCUAAUGCUUAUGUGGCCAAAUUAUUGCAGGACAAGAAAGAUGCUGAUGAUUUGGGCCCUCGUCCUCCUGCUAUUGUUUACUCUGUUUACAAUCAUCAAGAUGAGAUCCAAUACACCAACAGUUUUCGUAAUGUCAGAAAGUUCUUGGACCAUAUAAACGAUAGAGAGCAAGUUCGUAAAUAUGUUUAUGGUGGCAAAAUGUACAUGUCAAAGCUUGCUAUCGAACGUGCCGAUGCUGUCACAUUUACAAGUCGCUCUACAGCUGCAGACAUUGUUGAAGGUCGUCAUGAUUUCCAUAUGAAAGAACUCGUUAUGGACGACCUGUUGAAGAAAGUAGAAGGAUCUCGUCUAUAUGGUAUCAACAGUGCCGUUGACUAUCACAACACUGAGCAUCCCUUUAUCACUGACAAGUUGAUGUCUCGCAACAUGGGCUUUCCUCAAUAUGGUCUUCAGAUGAUCAAAGAUCAAGAACUCAUUCACUCUACAAAGCCUUUGUAUCCAUUAGCGCUCCAAGUUCCUGAUACACCCACUUAUUGGACCCUUUCUGAAGACCCCAAUGACUUCAUUUUCAUGUACAAAGACCGUGCUAAGCGUUAUUUGAUCAGACGUAGUCUUUUCACAGAAGAGGACUUGAAGCGUCCUGUUGUCUUAUUUAGAAACCAUUUGGAGAACAAUACUGGUAUUGAAGCAGUUGAAGAAGCAGCCAAAUUUUUUGCCAUCAACAACAUGAGAUUAGUCAUUAUGGGCAAUAAGCACACCUAUCCAAUCGAAAGAUUAGAAGAAUUAGUUCAACUCUAUCCUAACCAUGUUUCACUUAUUUAUACACCUAAACAACAACGUCAAUUAGGCAUCUUUUGUCGAGCUGCUGCUGACUUUGUAUUCUCUCCUAAUCCUAAUGACCACGAAGGAUUGGACACAGCUGAAGGCAUGGUGUUUGGUUCUGCUGUUAUUACUGCUGGUGGUGGAAAUCUCCGUGAGGCACUUAUUGAUCGUCCUUUGAAUCAGGCGGGAUCAAGAAGAGUCAGUAUUGCGUUACUGGACCCUGAAGUUCUAACCGAAAAAGGCGCUGUAGUAACCAGUUACGAAUAUUAUAACAGUUACAAAUACACUCAUCAAGACUUAGUCUCUCUACGAUCUGCUAUUCAAGAUGCAGCCAAGGACUAUGAAAAGUUCUACAAGAAUAAGGCAUACCAUGAAGAAUUCAUUUUGAGAAUGAUUCGUAGUGCAUUAAACCUCGGUUGGGAUCGUGGCCAUUUCAAAGGCCCUGUUCAUGAAUACAACCAAGUUUAUGAAUUGGCACUUGAAGACCGUCUCAUCCCAGAAAUGAGAAGACAUGAAGUCGAACAAGAACAUGAGCUUGUCUCUAGACUUCAAGACGAACCAACUUCCUUUGAUUGGGAAUAA